AGGCAGCGCGUCACCGCGUCAGUGCGUGAUAUCCUUCCGCGGGAGAGAAGCGCGCGGCCCUUUCCCUCCCGACGACGCAGGAGCGAGCAGCGGGCUCUGUGACGGUCCCGCGACAUCCGCGAGAGAGACACCGCGCUGCACCCGCGUUAGACCCGCGCUAGACCCGCGCUACAGACCGGGGACGACUCUCCCGCUCCUCCUCACAGACACACAGACACAGAGACAGACAGACACAGGGACCAGCAGACAGACAGACAGACAGACAGCAGAGCGGCGGGAUGGAGCUCAUCACCAUCCUCGAGAAGACCGUGUCUCCAGAUCGGAAUGAACUGGAGGCGGCACAGAAGUUUCUGGAGCAGGCGGCGAUAGAGAAUCUGCCCACAUUCCUGGUGGAGUUGUCUAAGGUGUUGGCGAACCCCGGGAACACUCAGGUGGCUCGAGUGGCUGCCGGUCUGCAGGUGAAGAACUCUCUGACCUCCAAAGACCCCGACGUGAAGACACAGUACCAGCAGAGAUGGCUGGCCAUCGACGCCAACGCUCGCCGCGAGAUCAAGAACUACGUUUUACAGACUCUGGGUACGGAGACGUACCGGCCCAGCUCGGCGUCGCAGUGCGUCGCCGGCAUAGCCUGUGCAGAGAUCCCGGUGAACCAGUGGCCCGAGCUGAUCCCCCAGCUGGUGGCCAACGUCACCGACCCCUCCAGCACCGAGCACAUGAAGGAGUCUACGCUGGAGGCCAUCGGCUACAUCUGCCAGGACAUCGACCCGGAGCAGCUGCAGGAGAACGCCAACCAGAUCCUCACGGCCAUCAUCCAGGGCAUGAGGAAGGAGGAGCCCAGCAACAACGUGAAGCUGGCUGCUACCAACGCCCUGCUCAACUCUCUGGAGUUCACCAAGGCCAACUUUGACAAGGAGACGGAGAGACACUUCAUCAUGCAGGUUGUGUGUGAGGCGACUCAGUGUCCCGACACCAGAGUGCGUGUGGCAGCCCUCCAGAACCUGGUGAAGAUCAUGUCUCUGUACUACCAGUACAUGGAGACCUACAUGGGUCCAGCACUGUUUGCGAUCACCAUCGAGGCGAUGAAGAGCGACAUCGACGAGGUGGCCCUGCAGGGCAUCGAGUUCUGGUCCAACGUCUGUGAUGAGGAGAUGGACCUGGCCAUCGAGGCCUCAGAGGUCUGUGCCUCGGAGCAGGGACGCCCCCCCGAGCACACCAGUAAGUUCUACGCCAAAGGAGCCCUGCAGUACCUGGUCCCCAUCCUGACCCAGACCCUCACCAAACAGGACGAGAACGACGACGACGAUGACUGGAACCCCUGUAAGGCAGCAGGUGUGUGUCUGAUGCUGCUGGCCACCUGCUGUGAGGACGACGUGGUUCCUCACGUUCUGCCAUUCAUCAAAGAACACAUCAAACACCACGACUGGCGCUACAGAGACGCCUCCGUCAUGGCCUUCGGAUCCAUCCUGGAAGGACCCGAACUCAACCAGCUCAACCCUCUAGUCAUACAGGCGAUACCGACCCUCAUCGAGCUGAUGAAGGACCCCAGCGUGGUGGUCAGAGACACCACGGCCUGGACGGUGGGGAGGAUCUGUGAGCUGCUGCCUGAAGCAGCCAUCAGCGAAGUCUACCUGGCCCCCCUGCUGCAGUGUCUGAUUGAGGGCCUGGGGGCGGAGCCACGGGUGGCUUCCAAUGUCUGCUGGGCCUUCUCGUCUCUGGCUGAAGCAGCGUAUGAGGCCACGGAUGCUGCAGAGGACCAGGAGGAGCCCAGCACCUACUGCCUCUCCUCCUCCUUCGAGAUCAUCGUCCAGAAACUCCUGGAGACCACAGACAGACCCGACGGUCACCAGAACAACCUUCGCUCCGCUGCCUACGAGGCUCUGAUGGAGAUUGUGAAGAACAGCGCUAAGGACUGCUACCCGGCGGUCCAGAAGACCACGCUGGUCAUCAUGGAGCGGCUGCAGCAGGUCCUCCAGAUGGAGUCUCACAUCCAGAGCACCUCAGACAGAAUCCAGUUCAACGACCUGCAGUCGCUGCUGUGUGCCACUCUACAGAACGUCCUGCGUAAAGUGCAGCAUCAGGACGCCCUGCAGAUCUCAGACGUAGUGAUGGCGUCUCUGCUGAGGAUGUUUCAGAGCACCGCCGGCUCCGGAGGAGUCCAGGAGGACGCUCUGAUGGCCGUGUCCACACUGGUGGAAGUUCUGGGCAGCGACUUCCAGAAAUACAUGGAUGCCUUCAAGCCCUUCCUCGGCAUCGGACUGAAGAACUACGCUGAGUAUCAGGUGUGUCUGGCGGCGGUGGGUCUGGUCUGUGACCUGUGCAGAGCUCUGAUGUCCAACAUCCUGCCUUUCUGUGACGAGAUCAUGCAGCUGCUGCUGGAGAACCUCGGGAACGAGAACGUCCAUCGGUCGGUGAAGCCUCAGAUCCUGUCGGCGUUCGGAGACAUCGCUCUGGCCAUCGGAGGAGAGUUCAAGAAGUACCUGGACAUCGUCCUGGACACGCUGCAGCAGGCCUCCCAGGCUCAGGUGGACAAGACGGACUACGACAUGGUGGACUACCUGAACGAGCUGAGGGAGGGCUGUCUGGAGGCCUACACCGGGAUCAUCCAGGGCCUGAAGGGGGACCAGGAGAACGUGCACCCUGACGUGAUGUUGGUUCAGCCUCGGGUGGAGUUCAUCCUCUCCUUCAUCCAUCACAUAGCCGAGGACGAAGAUCACUCUGACGGAGUAGUGGCCAACGCUGCCGGACUCAUCGGGGACCUGUGCACGGCGUUCGGUAAAGACGUGAUGAAGCUGGUGGAGGUUCGUCCGCUCAUCAACGACCUGCUGACAGAGGGUCGACGCUCCAAAACCACCAAGACCAAGACGCUGGCCACCUGGGCCACCAAGGAGCUCCGCAAGCUCAAGAGCCAGGCCUGAUUGUUGCCGUUGCGGAAAAGAGAUUUGAGACCUUCAGAGGAGGACGAGGACGGACCGGAUUCACCUCCUCUGUCUUUGAGAUGAGUGAGUGAGAGAGAUGUGUGAGCGAGCGAGAGAUGAUGACAUCACACCACCUUCAGUUCCAGCAGGCGACGACGACUUCCCCCCACCCCCUCUCCUAGACGGCCUGUGGACUGGACUCUGACCCCCCACCCACCCCCCACCAAUCCAAACAAACUCGAACUUCGAGCCCUCCUCCCACAAUCCACCUCUCUCGCUGUAGUCGGGCUCUCCUGCGACAUCACGAUGACGUCACCGCUCUGCCGCCGCCCCUCGAAGAUGGGGGUGGGGGGGUAGAUACAACACGACGAGAAACUAAAAGACUUGUGGAAUCAAAGAUGAACCCGCGCGGACUCUGUGGACUUCUGUGGAAAACUUUCGAUUUGUGUUGCUCUUAUUUUUCUUCUUCUUCCUCCGAGCACUAAAGCGGCAAAGGAGAUCUGAGGGACUCCAACACCUCCACUUGCUCCGUCCGCGGUGCUCGGCGCUCUUAUCCAAACAACAGCACUAAAUUCCUACAAAAUAAAAGUAAUCCUCUGAGGAGCGAGUGCCAAAUGGAAAUGGUUUAGCGGAAAAUAAAAGGAGUGGAAAUGAGCUGCUGGUGAAGCAUUUCAGUUUUUAUUUCCCCGCUGCACUUGGUUUGGGAAAAGGGUCACUCACCAUUUUUGCUUGUUUAAAAAAUAAAUUCAGAGAAUUGAAGACGUUUGUAUAAGGUUAUAUUUUUCCAUUGCUAUGAUGAAAAUAAAGUAAAGAAGAAAAAAAAAAAAACAAUAAAAUGAUAUGAAACAUUCCCCAA